AUGGAUAUCACACUCUCCAAAUCUUGGUAUAAUGGUCGCACUCUUCCCUCUGAAAACUCCACCAAGAGUCGCAAACCCCAAAGCAACUUGAGAGAAGGAAUAUGGUCAAGUACUUCAUCCAAAGCUAGUGAUACCACAAUCAUCGCGAGAGAAAAUCCUGCUCCUUCUCGUGUCUCAAUCAAUCAUGUUCAACGUCUCGAGGGCCUCGCAAUCCAAGCAGAGCAUGAUCGAGAUGAAGAAAAUGAGUUCGACAUCAACAGCCAAAAUCUAGGUCAAACUUUCCCGAGGACGAUGACUCUUGAUGACUCUAUCAAGAAUUCUCCUCCAAAGCGCUCCCGCUGGCACGAGAUGUUUGAGUCUCGACACCGAAUAACAGCUCUAGAUGAUGCUGCCACCGAUGCUAAUCGAAAGAAAUCUCCAUUGAGUCUAUUCGGAAGUGCCUUGCCCAAAUGGUCACCGGCAAAUGGCGCUUCUAGUCAGAAGAUGGGCUCUAAUAAUGCUCCGGGUCCAACAUCAACACCGGGUAAGACCCCUAGUUCAAAUGACACCAGAUUGUUCAGAGCAUUUCUGAGUCGUGGUGAUGGAGCAGUACCUCUCUUCAUCUCGCCCACAGGUACCCAACAGCAAUUCUUUCCGCUCUCUUCGCGCUCAUCCCACAAUGUUUCUGCGGUCAUCCCAUCCGACACUGCCUGUGAGGGCAUGAACGCUGCCGGUUUUGUCUAUACAGCUCAACCAGCUCAGCAACUCCAGCCAGCUCAGCUAGUUCAGCCAGCUCAACCACUUCAGCUAGUUCAACCAGCUCCGCAGCAUCUGAGGACUGUUCGAUCGAUAAAUAGUUCUAGAAGUAUCAAUUCGAAGUCAUCUGCCCAAACGAGAACUAAUACUAGUUUCUCUACGACUCCUGGUGCUGAUGUUUGGACCCUGGCAGACCGCAGCUUUGACAAUUCUGCCUCUCAAUACACAAGUCACACUCGGAUGACAUCUGCAUCCGGAAGUUUUGUCGACAAGAGUCAACACACUCGGAUGUCUUCUGCUUCAACAGGUUUUGAUAACUUCUCAUACCAGCCCGCCAUUUUUGAGGAUGAAAAGAUGGCGAUAGGCUCCGUGGUUGACUCACAAUCUGACUUCAACAACUUUAGUCAAGUCGCUCCAGAGGUCCUUCCAGUUUCCAUGAACUACUUUAAUCAAAGUGUGACUGCUGAGCCAACACCUACAUUUGCCCCUCAGGCUCCACCAAUGAUUAUGGAUAGCAUCGUUAUGCCACAAGUUGCAAUUCCGGAUCUCUCUCAUUUGGUGAAGAAUUUCCGACCAACUAAUAUGCUUCUCCGAGAGCAAGGUAUGAUUCCUGACCUCUCUCGUCAUGAUACCAACUACGAGGGUGACGAGAAUCAUCCUGAUUUACUCGAUCUUCCAGAACACGUUAAUUGUUGCAUGUGGAUCAUCAACAUUCCAGAAGAAGAUGGAUAUGCUGAGUUCAUGCAAAUUCUUGAUUGUGGUGCCGUUGCCGCGCUUUCAAUGGUCAGACCUCAAAAUGGCCACACUACACAAGCCGCCAAGGCAACAUUCAAGACCAACGCUGGUGGUUCCGAGCUUUACCGCCGUGCUCGUAACAAGAGUGGUCUUCGCAUUCGCGGCCGUAAGAUCAAGGUCUGGUACAAUGACUACGGUGCGUAUGAAUGGAAGGGCCCUGAGACUCGCUUCCUGGAGAUUGAAGCACCUAAGGUACUUGACGAGACUUUCUGGCAUGGCUACUUCGGAAGUUGGUGCAAGUACAUCAUCGUUUCUGUCACUCCACUUCCAUGUAGGAAGUAUGGCUUUGCAUGCACAAGAUUUGAAUUCGUUCGAAUUGCUGGACAAGCACAGACUUGCUAUCAGGCAAUUCAGAAGGACAUGACAUUCCUCGGACAGGUCAAUGUCCGAUACGGAAUUGACCCUAAUGAGGUCUGA